AAACCGGCUGAUACAAUAGUCAAUAGUCACGUGCCAGUCUUUUGCCGGUCUCCCACAAUUUUAUUUUGUGCUAUGGUCCGACGAACACCCCGAUGUCUACUUAUAUUAUAACCAUCGUGUUCAAUGUUUGUAUUGAAAAAAACUACAAUUUCCUUUUAAAAACAUAUUUUGUUUAGUACGAUGCGAGAAGUUGUAAUAGGACAUUCAUUUAUUGGACUAAAAUAGCAACGAAAGUUUAGUUUUAAAGUGAUGGCGUUUAAAACCUUAAAGUAUACAGGUGAAAAGUGCUAAUGUAAAAGAAAUAUAGCAAUCUAAUACAACCUGAGAAAACAUAAAUUUUGGUAUGUUUCUAAAAUUUAAAAGUUAACGAUGAUUCUUCAACCAUGCAACGUGGAGCUUACAAAGGUGCAUUAUUACGAUCAAACUAAAAGAUCUCAUAACAUGGGAAUUUCUACAAUAUCUAGAGAAAUGCAUGAAAACGAUUUCAACAAAAACAUGAUGAUCAAAAAAAAUAUAUUUGGACACAGAUGGGUGCUUAAAAUCAACGAACAACAAAAUAAUGAUCUCAAGAGUAAAAUACAAAGAAAAUAUCUAACAUUGUAUAUUAUUGUAGUUUUUUGUAUUAUUGUAGCUGUAAGCUUUGGAAUUAUAUUUUCAAUUGAUCACGAUAUUUUUAAACACAUAAAUAAUACUCAUAUACGAAACAUCUUGGUGAAUGAUUCUAUUGAUAUUAGAACAAAAAUAUUUCUAUCAGAUGUGAAUGAUGACUUAACUAGUAAAGAAAGCCUUCAAACUAAACAGAUUUUACCAUUUAGCGAUAAAUAUUCUAUAGAAAGAAGAAAUAGAAUUGAAUUAUUGAAUAUUGCUAGAUCGAAAUACUGUCCAGAUUGUAGCACUGAAGAUGUUUGCUUAAAAAUUGAAGAAGUGGAAAGACCAAGGUGCUUGCCAAAAGUCGAUAAAAAGGAUCCUACAGGUUGUGGAGGCUAUUGUAAAAUAAACAAAGAAUAUUGCAAGCUGCUCGAUAAAGGUUUAGCAGUUUUUCAAUGUCUACCCCUAAAAAAUUUGCUAAAAUGUCCUGAAAGCACGUUUAACUGUGGAAAUAUGUGCAUUUCCGUUACCAAACGUUGUGAUGGAAGAAUCGACUGUUUAAACAUGGAAGAUGAAAUAAAUUGUGAUUGCAAUUUGGAUGACAAUUUUCAAUGUGGAAAUAAGACUUCCUGCUUGCAUAAAUCAAAAGUCUGCAAUGGCAAAGUUGACUGUUGGGAUAAAUCUGAUGAAAUACAUUGUCAAACAGAUAUAUUCUGUGAAGCAAAUCACGUGCCUUGCCUUAAUGGACAAUGUAUCCCAAAAGAGAAAAUGUGUGACAGAGUAUUUGACUGCGUGGACAAAACGGAUGAACCCAUCUGGUGCCAAGAGAUAAAACAUUAAAUUAAAAAAUUAUUGUCGAAACUGCUUAUAUUUUUGUAUAAUAUAAAAUUUUUGCAUAAAA